AUGGGGGUUCAUGCGGCCUUCAUUGAUUUUCGUAGGACCUUCGAUCUUGUGGAUCACAAUAUUCUUUUGAACGAGUUAGCAGUUAUGAACAUAAAUAAACCCUUCUGGUUAUGGAUUAAAAGUUUCCUUUCCGGAAGAGUUCAACAAGUAAAUCUCAAUGGUACUUUACUGAUCCAUUGCAACGUGCCAGGCCGGAGUCCCGCAAGGCUCUGUAAUAUCUCCCAUUCUUUUCAUUCAGAUGACUGCACACAACACCAAAUAGUGAGCGUAGAUUCUAAUAGUAAUUUACAACAAUCUAUCAAUGAAGUAAAUAACUGGGCUGUGUUAAAUAAAAUGGCAAUUAAUGGUAAAGAAACUAAGGACAUGUGGAUCUCUUUCACAGACGCUAUACCUGAACCACCACGUCUUCGUAUUGGAAAUGAGUUAAUAGAAAGGGUCAACGUUUUUAAACUACUUGGCGUGUCAUUCCAAAAUAAUCUAAAAUGGAACGCACAUGUUGAAGAGAUUACACGAAAAGCAAAUAAACGCCUCUACCAUCUUAGAAAAUGCAUGAAAUCGCAGUUACCAGUUGAAGUCGGUAUUAUUACCUAUCAAUCCAAAAUUCUCGAGUAUGCAUCACCUGUCUGGGCGGGACUCCCUAAUUACCUGCGAGAUGAAAUAGAGCGGGUUCAAUCCAGGAGCUUACGAAUCUUUGGUCUGGAAAAAUAUUACCUGCCACCGUUGAACGAAAGAAGGGAAGAGGCAAUUAGUCGAGAAGUGGAUAGGUUUAUGAACGAUCCAAACCAUCCCUGUCACAGUGUUUUGCCAAAAUUAAUUAACAAUCAGUACAAUUUAAGGAACAUUGACCGGAAUCGCAAUAAUCAAUAUAUCAUUCUUCUCAGGAACUGA